AAGGGGAGGGUGCACGCGUGGCCGGCGAGGAAGAUUAUCGUGUUCGUAUCGUAUUUGUGCAAAUUGAGCGUAUUACGUGCUACCUUUGAUUGUAUAGAACUGAGCACAGGCGUUUAGAGGUCUGUGGAUCAUCUGUUAAAUCUGACUAAGCCUGUGGCGGCAGCCAGCCUGGGGACAUGCGGUGACGUUGCGAUGACGUCCCACCAGGAGCCGGGCGGCGGCGGGUGGGUGGCCGCCGGCCCGCCGCCGCCGCCGCCGCCCCCGCCGCCCACGGCCGCCAACAUCCAGUACUGGAAGCAGCAGCAGCAGCAGCAGCAGCAGCAGCAGCAGCAGCAGCAGCAGCUGUGGUACGAGCCGCCGGCGCCCGAACUGGCCGCCAGUCCGCCGGAUGCGGCCAACUUUGUGACCACCGUGACGGUAGCCGGGUGGCCGGGCGGAGCCGGCACGCCCGGAUCGCCGCGCUGUGAGUCGGCUCGCUCGGACGCUGCCGAGUCGUCGUGCAGCUCGCUGAGCCAGGAGAGCCUGUCUCCGCCGGCGCGCGCUGCGCCUCCGCCCACCGAGCUGGCUGCUGUCCGCUCCGUGACGGCGCCGGCCCGCUGGAACCGAGUCACACGCAACGGCCUGGUGGUCUACGUCAGUCCGAGUGGCGUGAGUCUAACCUCUGAGGAGGAAGCUCGUCAGUACCUGCGAACAGACGGCACCUGCAAGUGCGGCCUCGAGUGUCCGCUUGUCUUGGAGAAGUCGUUCAACUUCGACCCAAAGGUCAUCACCCGGCCCUGGAGCAGCGCCGGCGGACCGGUCAGCCCCAGUGGAGCCACCAAAACCUGCAACCACCGGCGAAAACGGAGUCCCCUGCAGCAGGAUCGCCUCUCCAGGAAAGACGUACCACCGACCUUCCAGGAGCAGCGAUGCAAUCCUCACAACAACCCCUUCUUCAAGGAACAGAUGAUGCAGGCGAUGGAGCAGAUGAACAUGCAGCAGCAACAGUUGCAACAACACCAACACAUGCUGCAACAUCAACAGCACCAACACCAGCAGGAGCAUCUUCAUCAGCACCAGCACCACCCAGCUCAGCAGCAUCACCCGAUGCAGCCGCAGCACCAUCAACACCAACACCAUCAACAGAUGCUUCAGCAGCAGCAACAGCAGGCCAACUUCUUCAUGGAGCGGGCGCAGGCGCCGCUGCCGGCCUCGGCGCCCGUGCCGUGGCAGCGCGGCGCGGCGCCCUGUCGCGCCUCGUGGGAGGAGGCGCGGCGGCGGCGGCAGGCGGCGCGCGGCCGGCGGCGGCUCGGCCUGCCCGGCCGCUCCUCGCCCUGUCCGAACGUCGACGUCCGUCAGCUGGAGCGCCUCUCCCCGCCCGUGUGCUCGUCGGCCGCGCCGCCUGCCUCCGCGCAUCAGGCCGGAGGACUGGCCAUGCCGAGCUUCCUGGACGAUCCCAGCGGCUACCUGGCGCAACAGACGCAGCUGUUGAACGAUACGAUGCAGGAGGGACUCAGUCCGGUGCCGCCGCCGCCCCAGCAGCCAACGUCAUCGAUAUCCCACCCGCAGAUGUCGAUAUCGACAGCAGUGUCGUCAGCGACGCCAGCGUCGGCGGCGGUAACGACGAUCACCACGUCUGCCGCGACGCACGCCGUGACGGAAACAUCCACCGUGUCCCUGAGCGUGAGGACAGCGGACCUCACCAUCACCUCCGCCGCCGUCGCCGCCGCCUACUGA